GGAGUCGUCGGCUCCGCGGAGCGCCCGGUGACACGGGGCACGGUGGCGGCGACGACGGCGGUUCAGCGGCGGGGGCUCGGCCCCGGCUCGCCCCACCGGCACGGCGCCAGCCGCAGCUCUGAGGGCAGCGGGGCCGCCGCCGCUGAGGGGAAGUCUGCAUUAGUACAAUUCCCCUCGAACUGGGACAAUUCCAAGAUGUGUACUGAAGAACUCCAUCAGUAAUAUAUUUGGAAUAUUUUUUCGAACAAGCUACUUUACAAAUUUACAUCAGAUAUGACUAUGUGAAUAGCCUAGGAUAGCCCAAAGGAGGGACAUGAUGUCAGAAUAACAUACAAAACAUUUGUGAGGGCAAGGCCAAAAAACCAUGCAGUCAUCAGGGCACAGAUUCCGUGAUGUUGAGCACCACCCACUUCUUGCUGAAAAUGACAGCUACGACUCCUCUUCCUCAGAGGCCGACAUGGCAGAGAGGGUUUGGUUCAUCCGGGAUGGCUGCGGUAUGGUCUGUGCUAUAAUGACAUGGCUUCUGGUUGUCUAUGCAGACUUCGUAGUGACUUUUGUCAUGUUGCUGCCUUCCAAAGACUUUUGGUACUCUGUGAUCAACGGUGUUCUCUUUAACUGCUUGGCAGUACUAGCUUUGUCAUCGCACCUGAGAACUAUGCUAACUGAUCCAGGGGCUGUACCCAAAGGAAAUGCCACUAAGGAAUACAUGGAUAAUUUGCAACUGAAACCAGGAGAAGUGAUCUACAAAUGUCCAAAGUGCUGUAGUAUCAAACCUGAACGUGCACACCAUUGCAGCAUUUGCAAACGAUGCAUUCGAAAGAUGGAUCACCACUGCCCGUGGGUGAACAACUGUGUGGGGGAGAAAAAUCAGAGGUUUUUUGUUCUGUUUACGAUGUAUAUAGCCCUCAUUUCAGCUCAUGCGCUCAUACUGUGUGGGUUUCAGUUUUUCUCCUGUGUCCGAGGGCAGUGGACUGAAUGCAGUGACUUCUCCCCACCUGUAACUGUGAUCCUGAUGAUCUUCUUGUGCCUUGAGGGUUUUCUGUUUCUCACUUUCACUGCAGUCAUGUUUGGCACCCAAAUCCACUCAAUAUGCAAUGAUGAAACGGAGAUUGAAAGACUGAAGAGUGAAAAGCCAACAUGGGAGCGGAGACUACGCUGGGAAGGAAUGAAAUCUGUUUUCGGGGGUCAGCCUUCACUCCUGUGGAUCAAUCCUUUUGCAGGGUUUCGAAUCAGGCGACUUGUACUGAGAGCAAAGAAAGGAGGACCUGAGUUUUCUGUUUGAGUCUAAUGAUGUUGGAACUUGCAAGAAUACUAUAUAAUAUUUAUUUGGGGCCAGAGAAGGCUGUCUUACUUAUAAUCUGUGACCAGGUGAAACUGAUAUCAGACAUUUGCUUGUAGCAAGCAGAGUUUUAUACGUUUAUUGUCACAGACAUCUCAUUAACUUUCGGAGACGCGACUGGAUCUGUAAUGGUCUUAACUGCAAGAUAACAAAGGAAAAGCCCAUGGUCACACUAAAGAAGCCAAAUGUUGUCAUGCUACUGUAAUUUAUUUUGAGAUUAAUUAUCCUUUUUUUUUUUAAACCCUUUUUAUUUGAUAAAAGUUUGGGGAAUUACCUGUGUGUUUUUAUAAGAAGCAUAUACUUGGGUGCAAUUGUCAAUCAUAGGAAGGAGCAUUGUGGUGAAAGUUGAUCUCAUCAUGCUACUGUAAUUUAUUUUGAGAUUAAUUAUCCCUUUUUGUUAAACCUUUUUUAUUUGAGAAAUGUUUGGGAAGUGUGUUUUUAUAAAAAGCAUAUACUUAGGUGCAGUUGUCAAUCAUAAGGAGGAGCAUUAUGGUGAAAGUUGAUCUCAAGUGAGACUUAGCCUUCUCAAUCCAGUUUUCAGGGAAUAGUGGUUUGUUCAGUUUUAAUUUCUGUUUCAGCUUAUCCUACUAAACAGAGCUGUACUCUUGUGUCCCACUUCAGGCACACGUUCCUCAUAUGCAAGCGAUUCAAAGGACUGGUGCACACAACAGCGUAACACAUCAGAGGCACUGUUACACCCCUGCCAAAUGUCUUCCCAGGCUCACAAAAGCGUGUCUUGUGUUUGGCAGUAUUGAUGGCAUUUUUAGGCAUGUUCUAAGUCAUGAGUAAACACCACUGGCUGUGGGUCAGAUUCUGCCCUCAGGUCUGCAUCUCUUAUCCUUACUGCAUUGAUUGUAGAGGAACUUCAGUGUAAGUGUCCUGGUUUAGGCCCAUCAGGGAACAAAAGACCACGAUCAGCCUCAAGUACCAAAGACCUGAGGCUUGCCAAAGGGCAGGGAGAGCUUCUGCCGUUUGUCUCUCUGUUGGGUAAGUGGCUCUGCAUCUGUCCUCCCUGCACGUCCAUGGGGUCCCUCACACACACACAGCCCUGCCCAGGCUGCUUUGACAUGUAUUUAUCCCAAAGGCUGCAGCUCCUCUCUGCCUCUCGUGUGGGGCUGCUCUGGGCCCGCAGGCUGCAGCACGGCCUGUGCCAUGGCGCCUCCUCACGCAGUCCCUUGCCCGUCCAGGUGCACUCACAUGGAGCUGCUGGUGGCUCUCAGUCCUGCCCUGGCCCUCCCUGGGUUGCAGGGGUACAGCCUGUGUUCUCACCACGGCUUGCAGAGGGGUCUCUGGUCUGGUGCUCCUCCUUCCUUCCUCCUUCUCUGACUGUGGGGUCUACGUGGUCGCUUCCACCUUGUAUCACUCUCACACCUCCCUCAAGCACUUCAAAUUCCUGUCCCUAAAUAGUGAUGGCAGAGGCGCCAGAUGGGCCCAGCUGGGUUGGAGGUGGGUCUGAACCCAGGAACCGGGUCUUCAAUGCAACCCCCUCCUCCUCUUACCAAGCAAAAGCUGUUCCUUGUUAAACCAUGACAGUGUUUGAGGGUUGUUAUCUAGUCCUCUGCAGGGAUGAGUGGGACCAGUGACUGUAUCCUCCUGUGUGCAAUUAAAAUGAAUGUACUGCAGAUUGGAGCUUAGAAGUGAAAACGGUUGUCUUUGCAGAGUCUAGUUCUGCCCCCUUUUUGUAUUUCUUUCAUUGUAUAGACUUGCUAUAGAAGGAAAGCUAUUAAUGAUCCCUUGAACAAAGGCGUCAGAGGGAUGAGGAGAGGUUGCCUUUUUCUCAAGUACAACAUAUCUUAAAUGUAGAAAGACCUGCAACAGAAGGAAUUCUUUUGAAUUUCAUCAUUUUCCAAACACUACUUUUGAGACAUGAGAGCAAUAUUGAUCUAGAACUGCUUUAUGUGGGCCUGACAAACAACAGUAGUGCUAAGAAACAUUUCUAAAUCUGCAAGUAAUGAAAUACAAGCUGUAAGCACUGAAAUUCAGCUAAAAGUGGAUUCUUUAAAAGUUACAUUUAGACUAUUUUUUAUAUUAUUGUUAAUCUGUUCUAUAAAUUACUGACAAUACAAAGGAUAAAGCAGGAGCCUUGAUGCAUAGCUUGAAAUCGUGCCUAGAAAGUAAAUAGCUCCCUGUUCUGGGACUUGCCUUAAAAUCAUCCUGUUCUUGCUUUUACUUUGCCAGUGGCACUGAUGAUCUCUCCCACCUCAAGCAGUUCAAUGUGCUGAAGAAUCUUGCAUUAUCAAGUUUAUGUACUACAGGAGCUAUAUUUUCUUUUUGCCAAUGAGUUCUCUAUUUCUUUGUGGCUCUUUGUGGCAUCUUCAUUCCGGCUUCGUCAGGUUUUAUAUCAUUGGGUGGGGGAAAUUACCAAGGGAUCCAUUUAUUAUCUGAGGCCCUGUGAACAAAACUGUGCAAUGCUAUGUAAUAUGUUCUCUUUGCUUGGUGGAGAUGAAGUUUAGCACUUGGCAAUUUGUAGGUGGACACAGCCAGUGAAAUUGCAGUCAGAUAAACAAAACUAUGUCACGUGUAACUGAAGGGAGUGUUGGAAGAUCCACAGAAAUCUUUGCAUAUCCGGUGUCAGUGGCACAUCUUAAAGACUGAGGGGAGGGGAAAAAGAUGUCUGGCUUUGUCAUGAGGCUCUUAAUGUGUAUAUUGUUUAAUAAAAUAUCCUGAUGAAAAUCAGAAAACAUCACUUCAAGCAGUUGAACCCUGUGACUGAGCAAGUGUGUGGAAUCAGGUUUACUUGGCUUUUCAGACCCUUGUUACGUUGUAAUUUUUUUAAUGUAAAAAAAAACCAGAAAUAAAGUAAUGAAUUGAAGUCUUAGUUGAUUAA